AUGGCUGAUAGGAAAACCAAUAAUGUGCCAAAUUCCAGCGCAAAUUUACUGUUUUCUGCAGCACCGGAGUUCAAUUUCAACCUACCUUUCAUACCUGUCAGUAAUGCCAGUGGUCCGGCGGUGUUAACAGGAGGUAAGAUAAGGCUAGGGCCACAGCAGGGCACCUAGAACAAACAUGACAGCUAGCUAUCAGACGACGUUAGCUAGCUGCUAGCUAGUUAGCUGCCAACAAGCCCAUUAUACGUUAGAAUAAUUAUAAAUCCAUGCAAUUUAAUAGAUAUCAGGAUAUUUCUGUGGGAAUUGUAGCUUGGGAAAUAAAUAGAAUAACACUUGCUACAGCGGUGUGUCAUGUCAGGUCAACAAAACUCAUAUCAACAGAACCCUUGUUUCAUCUGAUUUGUCUGUAGUAAAUCAGAGUCGAGGUUCUCAAAAGGGUGGAUUAACAUUGGAUUCUUGACAUUGCUCACAGUUAGACUGAAUGUAAGUUACUGUUGACAAGUUUAAAUCUACUGCAGUAUAACUCAGUUGCCCAAUAUUUCUGUUGUUAUUUUCCCAAGAUGAUUCUGUAGAUGUCGGAGAAGAAGACAGCUUUCUUGGCCAGACCUCUGGAAAUGCCCCAGCACCCUCCACAUUCAGCUACUUCUCCAGUCCCGUGAACAGCAGUGACCCAUUUGCCUCCAUUGGACAUCAGCCGGCAUGUCCACCCCCAGCAUCACUAUCAGUAGCCCCCGCGACAUCGGGACCAACCUCUGUCCCCAGUGUUGCCAGCAUGGCCCCAACACCCCCUGUCCCACUAACCAACCCUGCUGUGCCACAACCAUUUGGCAGUGUUGUUUACCAGAACCCCAUGGGAAGAUACACUCCUCCCCCUAGCACAGUGACCCCACCCCCUCCACAAGCCCCCGAUCAGAGUUACAAUCCGUACCGUCACACAUCCCUCAGCAGCAGAGCCAAACCCUAUAUGCCAGCUCCAGAGGUCCAGUCGCUAUCCAGCCCACUGCUGCAGCAAAAUCCCUACACUAUGGGCUCUCAAGCGCCAACAUUCCAGUCGGCACCCUCCACAUACACAAAGGUAAAGAACAACUCCACUCUGAAAGGGUGUUAGCAUUCACUGGUAUCUGUUGCUGUUUAUUGCUUAGUAGUGAAUGGUGUGAACCGCUUAUUUUAAGAUGAAUGAAACUACUGGCAAUCAGGCUAAUAUAAAUGUCUUAUAGGAUAAUUUUGCUGUUUUACAACCAAAUCUCAAUUGUAUUAUGUACAUUUGUAAGUCGCUCUGGAUAAGAGCGUCUGCUAAAUGACGUAAAUGUAAAUGUAAAUGGAAUGUUGUAGAAGGCUCCAGACACUUUGUUUGCAAUUUCAUUCAUUUUUGAGAAACUUACCCCAACCAGCGAUUCACUAAAUCAUCCUCAUUGUGCAGUACGGGGGUUCUGAACAAAUGCUCCAAAAACACCCAAAUACGUCCUUUUAGAAACUGAAAAGCUCUCAGUAUAGUGAUGCAGGUCUUUAGAUGUUCUGCACAUGAAAUUGUUUUAUUCCGAACAUUAUCCGCAACGUUAUAUUCAAUUUUGUUGCAACCCGAGCGAUACCUCUCCUUCCAUUCGGCAGCAGGCUACACAGAGAAUAUAACAGCUGGAAAGGGGAAACAGCUUGAGUUGCACAAAAUGGAUAUAAUGUUGCGGAUACAUUUCGGAAUGACACAAUUUCAUGUGUACAACAUCUAAAGACCUGCUUCACUAUACUGAGAGCUUAUCCAUUUCUAAAAGGAUGUAUUUGGGUGUUUUUGGAGCAUUUGUUCAUGCUAUUUUAGAACCCCCAUACUGCACAACGAGGAAAUGACUGAAAUUGCAAAGAAAGUGUCUGGACCCUUCUACAACAUGCCAUUUACAUAAAAAAUAGAGAUUUGGUUGUAAAAAAAGCGAACUUUUCCUUUAUCUCUCUCUUCAGCCCCCUCCCACACAGAUUCAGGGGCCGCCCCCUAUGGCCCAUCACUCCACCACUGCUGGAGCACUGGUCCCAGCCAAUCAAAUGAUGCAAUACAACUAUAACGUGUAUGAGGCUGUCCAGCCUCACUGGUUCUUCUGCAAACAAGUGGAGUCCAAGAGCGUCUGGCUUCCCUUUAGUAUCCUGGACUCCAUUCAGCUGGAGGAGAUCUACAAUUCAGGUGAGAUAAAUGAUGUGAUUUCUACUAUAAAAAAAUUAUAAUCAUAAGAGCCAUUUUAUAUUCUAGAUAUCCAAGUUGAAUUUGCAUAGCGCUCUUGUUUAUGUAGGCCUAGAUAUUUGUCAAACCUGUUUGUUUAAACGGAGCAAUUUGGAAAUCUGGCGUGUUCAUUAGGCACCAAAUGUUGCAAAAUCUUUUGAAACAUUAUUCGCUGCGCACCCUAAUAAACAGCCCUAAUAAACAGUCUGUUGUCAUUUUGUUGAAUUUUUUUCAUUCAUUUGUAUGGUUGAUGUUAUGUCCAGCCUAUGCCAUGUCUUCUCUUUUUGUUGUGAAUCUUUUCCUAUCGUAGUGUAUGUUCUUGUACGUAAAGCAAAUAUCUGAGAAACAAGACAAUAAAGAAAUAUCGAAUCUAAUAUGAUUUUAUUUGUUCAUUCUCCUCCAGUGCAACCAGACCCUGAGAAUGUGAUUGUGCGCACAGAAGGAGGGCGCUACGACGUGCAGCUCUAUGACCGCGUACGUACAGCUGUAUUUUGGGAGGAGGAACCUACAGAGGUACGGCGCUGCACCUGGUUCUACAAGGGAGACACAGACAGCCGCUUCAUCCCAUACUCAGAGGAGUUCAGCGAGAAGCUAGAGGUUUGUCCCAUCAAUGUCAAAAAACAGGACCUUGUAUUGACCAGGGUUGUGUUCAUUAGGGCACGCAAUGAAAGAAAACGGUCCUGUGUUCCUUUUCCAUUGCAAAAUGUUUGACUAUAUUUUACUACAGUGUGCCCUAAUGAAAAAGACCCAGAUUUCACUGUUACCCAGAUUAGAAUACAGCUGAACAGUGUGGUGUGUUGGGUUUUAGCCCUGAGAUUGGACUGAGAAGUGAAUAUUAUGUUUGAGCGUUGUUUGAUUGGCUGUCUUCUCUAUGUAGGGAGAAUAUAAGAAAGCUGUGUCAACCAACCAAUGGCACCGUCGGCUGGAGUUCCCAUCAGGGGAAACCAUUGUCAUGCACAAUCCAAAGGUAUGUUCGUAUGACUUAAUUGUAAAGUGCAGAAUGACCAGGUAUUUACUAAAACAUGAAAUGGUAAUUACAAAGUGUAGUUACCAAUUGUGAACACUGAACAAGACCGUAACAAAAAAUAACAUCAUGGUUUUGAGUGGACUGUUGUUUGCAGACACAGACAUGACUGUAUUUCCAUUUCUUUUUGUCUUUCUACAGGUGAUAGUGCAAUUCCAGCCAUCUGCCAUGCCAGACGAGUGGGGUACGACCCAGGAUGGUCAGACCAGACCCAGGGUGGUCAAGAGGGGCAUUGAUGAUGACCAUGAUGAAGUCCCCGACGGGGAGCUCCCUCAGGUGGAUCACCUGGUGUUCAUGGUGCAUGGCAUCGGUCCAGUCUGUGACCUGAGGUUUAGGAGCAUGGUGGAGUGUGGUAUGUGUGAUCUUUCGCUCCAUAUGGCUCAUUAAGUCUCCAUAUUGCCCAGAUCUAUAUUCAUAUCAUAUUAUGGAUGUGUUUGUUUAUGUCAUGAAGGGUAUAGGCUGUGGUAUGUUCUGACUGUCAUGGUGUUUCUUACUAUGCCCAGCAAAUGCCCCUUGGGGAUGAAUAAAGUGUAUUGAAUGUAACUGUGUUGAAUAUCCAUUUAGUACUCCAUACUACCCCAGAUAGUAUUACAAAUGUGUGUUCCUUGUGUUCACAGUGGAUGAUUUCCGGAGUGUAUCCCUGAAGCUUCUGCAGAGUCAUUUUAAGAAUGCGCAGGAAGAGCGUGUCAUCAGUCGAGUGGAGUUCCUUCCUGUUCAGUGGCACACGGCCCUGCAUGGGGACGCCACAGGGGUGGACAGGUGAGGAGACGAAAAAGUCUCCGACUUUUGUGUUUCCACUUCCACGGCCCAGCUCCAGCACUGGGCCGUGGACCUGCUCCGACUUGGGGCAAGGGCCAGUCCACUGGUACUUUUCUGCUGGCAUGAACAUAAUGGCUAACUGUGAACAUGGGUUAACACCUUCCACGCUUCCAACUUCUCACCUUCUGCUCGCCCCAAGUCUUUAGCGUCACACUCCUGCUGGAAACGCAGUUCCCGAAAAAUAACUCUAGAGCUCAUAUUAACAUACAGUGCAUUUGGAAAGUAUUCAGACCCCUUGACCUUUUCUACAUUUUGUUACGUUACAGCCUUAUUCUAAAAUGGAUUACAUUGUUUUUCCCCCUCAUUAAUCUACACACAAUACCCCAUAAUGACAAAGCAAAAACAGGUUUUUAGACAUUUUAGCAAAUGUAUUAAAAAUAAAAAACUGAUAUCACAUUUACUUAAGUAUUCAGACCCUAUACUCAGUACUUUGUUGAAGCACCUUUGACAGCGAUUACAGCCUUGCGUCUUGUUGGGUAUGAUGCUACAAGCUUGGCACAGCUGUAUUUGGGGGGUUUCUCCCAUUCUUCUCUGCAGAUCCUCUCAAGCUCUGUCAGGUUGGAUGGGGAGCGUCGCUGCACAGCUGUUUUCAGGUCUCUCAAGAGAUGUUAGAUCGGGUUCAAGUCUGGGCUCUGGCUGGGCCACUCAAGGACAUUCAGAGACUUGUCCCGAAGCCACUCCUACGUUGUCUUGGCGAACCUUCACUCCAGUCUGAGGUCCUGAGCGCUCUGGAGCAGAUUUUCAUCAAGGAUCUCUCUGUACUUUGCUCCGUUCAUCUUUCCCUCAAUCCUGACUAGUCUCCCAGUCCCUGAAAAACAUCCCCACAGCGUGAUGCUGCCACCACCAUGCUUCACCGUAGGAAUGGUGCCAGGUUUUCUCCAGACAUGACGCUUGGCAUUCAGGCCAAAGAGUUCAAUCUUGGUUUCAGACCAGAGAAUCUUGUUUGUCAUGGUCUGAGAGUCCUUUAGGUGCCUUUUGGCAAACGCCAAGUGGGCUGUCAUGUGCCUUUUACUUAGGAGUGGCUUUCAUCUGGCCACUCUACCAUAAAGGCCUGAUUGGUGGAGUGCUGCAGAGAUGGUUGUCCUUCUGGAAGGUUCUCCCAUCUCCACAGGGGUACUCUGGAGCUUUGUCAGAGUGACCAUCGGGUUCUUGGUCACCUCCCUGACCAAGGCCCUUCUCCCCUGAUUGCUCAGUUUGGCCGGGCGGCCAGCUCUAGGAAGAUUCUUGUUGGUUGUUAACUUCUUCCAUUUAAGAAUGAUGGAGGCCACUGUAUUCUUGGGGAUCUUCAAUGCUGCAGACAUUUUUGGUACCCUUCCCCAGAUCUGUGCCUCGACACAAUCCUAUCUCGGAGCUCUAUGGACAAUUCCUUCGACCUCAUGGCUUGGUUUUUGCUCUGACAUACACUGUCAACUGUGGGACCUUAUAUAGACAGGUGUGUUCCUUUCUAAAUCAUGUCCAAUCAAUUGAAUUUACCACAGGUGGACUCCAAUCAACUUGUAGACACAUCUCAAGGAUGAUCAAUGGAAACAGGAUGCGCCUAAGCUCAAUUUGGAGUCUUAUAGCAAAGGGUCUGAAUACUUAUGUACAUUUAUUUUACAUUUGCAAAAAUGUCUAAAAACCUGUUUUCGCUUUGUCAUUAUGGGGUAUUGUGUGUAGAUUGAUGAGGACAUUUAUUUAUUUCUUCAAUUUUAGAAUAAGGCUGUAACUUAACAAAAUGUUGAAAAAUGGAAAGGGUCUGAAUACUUUCUGAAUGCACUGUAAACAUUGGCAACAAACUGGUGUGGGGUAAGCCUCAGGUGGAAGUGCCCCAUAAUGGAAUUUAAGGACGUUCAUACACUUGGGAAUAGGGCCUGUUUUUGUGGGAUAGGGAAAUUAUAUUGUAACACAACAAAUAUAUGCUGACCUGAGCGGCAAGCUUUUACAAAUGUAACCACACAAUGGCUGUGUCUGAGAAUGUUACUAGCUGUCAAGUCCUUGCUAAUGCCUCCGCCCGUGAGAGGGACCAUAGAUCCCGUCCUCCAAUGCGCUUCGAGAGGAAUAGAGGAAACAAAGAUGGAGGAAGCAAGGAUUUGAAUGCUUGUAACACAUCAGACACAGACAAUCUCUCCCACUCUGGCUCAGUCCAUUUCCUACUGUUGUUUUAGGAGGAUAAAGAAGAUCACCCUGCCCAGCACGGGUCGACUGCGUCACUUCACUAACGAGACCCUCUUAGACGUGCUGUUCUACAACAGCCCCACCUACUGCCAGACCAUCAUGGACACAGUUGCCCUGGAGAUUAACAGGAUCUAUGCCCUGUUCAUGCAGCGGAAUCCAGACUUCACAGGAGGCGUCUCAGUAUCCGGACACAGUUUAGGUACAAACACCCAAACACCAAGGGCCACUUUUAUGGACCCAGAUGAAAUCCUAGUGCUGGCUUACAAAAUCUUUGUUCAAUUGAGAAUCUCUAUUGAAAGUGCGCUUUUUAGUCCAGGACUAGGCUUAAUCUGGGUCCGGGAAACCGGCCCCAAGUGUUCAUACUUUUAGCUAAGUCAUGUGAGAAAGAUUUGGACAAACCUGUCUCUCUGUGUGUUUGCAGGUUCCCUCAUACUUUUCGACUUGCUGUCAAACCAGAAGAAUGGCUCACCUUUGCAAACCAUGCCAACUGCUAAUGGGGGCCACCCUGCAGGCAACAAACAGGUAAUGGCUCCAUAGCUAUCCAAACAUUGUUUAUUUCAUUAUUUCGGUGACCCCAGAGAGUGUAACAACAGGAGUAUAAUAGGAGGCCCCUCCCUCUUCUCCUUAAAGCAGGUGGCAACCCCCGCUACUGCUACCCCACCUGCUACGGUAGGGGAGGAGCCUAAGGAGGAAGGGGAGGAGUUUGCCGAUCUUUCUGCAUCGCUGGAACAUCUGGGCCUGUCUGAGUACCAGAGCACUUUAGAACAGGAGAAGAUUGACCUUGAAUCUUUCGUAAGAACCCUCCUUGCUUGUCAUGGACCCAUAUAGUUAUUGAUAUUUACUUUCAAUGCUUAUGACCAAUGUUCCCGCUAAGCAGCGCGCAGCUCCCCCGGGACUGCUGCGCAGAAGACAUAUCAGCAUGCGCAGAGGAAAUAUCAGCGCACGUAGAGAAGCACGAGAUUGAACUUCACCCAACUUUCUAGAGUUUUCCCCUUUAGUUAACACUAUCAACGUUUCCCUUUACUGUGGGAAUUGUGAUCGAAUCAACACGAUAUUAGCCACUUUCAAUACAACAUACUGAAACAAAACUAACUAUGCAAGAGAUUGUAGGCAGAAUGCAUCGGAGUAGGAUUCUAUUGCAUUGACAGGCACGACUCAAGCCCUACUCUACAAUAACCAAUCAGAGCUGCAGUAGAGCUAUAUGCAAAUAGACCAUUGCCACAUAUGGAUCAGUGCCAUUCACUUUGAACUGGACUGUUUUUACAGCAUGAGCGGUUGUGAGUAGAUGCACUUGUUUUUAGAUCAAAGUGAGCUACAUAUAGCGACAUUCACGUUUGUUCAUAUCCUUUCCUAGUUAGUGAGUUAUUAGCCCAGUUAUAGAUCAUUUGUAGUCAGCAAUGGGGGAGUGUUUGCUUCCUACAAGAGCACAAAAGGUGUGCAUCUUUGAAAAGCAGGUCAGGUAAAGAGCUUUUUUUUGUCUUAAAGGGGGAGUGUUGUAUUUUGAGACAGGCUUGAAUAAGCUAAGUAGCCAAUAGGCAGAGGGUAGCAUAAUUUGUCUGAUUAUCUGUAAUAGUGGUAUGGGAGUAAUGAUGCAUUUUAUUUUGUAAAGUGGUUUCUUGCAUCAAAAAACACAACAACAUUUUCAGUCACCUCCUUGUCUGAAGGACAAGUGGAUAAACAGAUUAAUGUCAAGCCCUGCAUGUUUUUUUCAAAAGUCUCAUUGAAUGUAGGCCUACAUUGAACACCACACAUUGGCUGCUACUGUAUGCUAAACGAUAGAACAGAUAUUUCCAUGUUAAAAUGUUAUGAAAUGCAUUUUCUCCAUAGUUUUUUAUGGUAGGCCACUCUGGUAGGCCUACAUUAUGAUCAAAUAGCCGCAGUAGCCUACAUGACCACUGUUAAAGCUAACUUAAAGUAGGUGCAGCCUCAGGGUUCACAGUAUAUGCGUGCCGGAAUUUGCACAGAGUUUUCACAACGUUCAAGUUUGCGCUCAACAGGCCUGAGAUUUGCUCAGUGAUGAAAGAAAUUAGAGGGAACAUUGCUUAUGAGACUAUGAAAGAGACAUUACACUCCAAAAUAAACGUUUGUCAGAUGUUUUAAGACCUCUAAAGUCAAGGUGAGUCCACAUGCCACGGCAUUGGGUGUGCAGAUCCAGCUUAAUGUCUAAAUUAUUCAUACCCCAAAUUAAUGUAAAAUAUCAUUUUACGGUGCUUAUCUUUAACAUUUAUUUUGGAUUGUUUCUAUAAGGAUAUCGCUGGAUCUAUAAAACAAAUGUCCUGGGGUAAAAAACCCACAUUUGAGGCCUGAAAAUAACUUUGACUUUUGAGUGAAAUUUCCCAGAAACCUAAAGUAAAUGAUUAAAUUGUAUUACAAUGCCUCCCUAGGCCAUUUCCUAGAAUUGGUGGUUACAAUCUAUGGUCCAUUUCCAUUACCAAAUCCCACUGUGAAAUUACAUCUGAUUGAUUAAUUUACUAUUUUCUAUAUUUUGUUAGCUUAUGUGCACGGUUGAGGACCUGAAAGAGAUGGGCAUUCCAUUAGGGCCAAGGAAGAAAAUAGCUAAAUUUGUCAAAGAAAGAGCAAUUAAGCAGGUGAGCAUUUAAUCGUCUUUGUCUCUCUGACACCAGUUUUGUGUUCAAUAGGAAUAUAUAUAUUUUUAAAUGGCCCGGUACUACCGGAACUUAGAAUACAACAUUGUAUCUAUUCCUAAAUGUUUCACUACAGUAUGCCCUACUGAACACGACCCAGUGAUGGUUAAAACUGUGACAACUGAACAUAAUCCUCUGUGUUCAUGUGCCUUCUAUCUUCGGACUCCUUUCGCCAGGCAACGAGUCAGGCAGCACAAGAGAAGAAUGCAUCAGAAGUGAAGGCGGCCAGUCAAGAGGUCGUCCCCGCCCAAUUAAGCGAGUCCCUCCCAGGGCCCGGCACCACGAAGCUUCCUGUUGGCGGGACUUACUCGUCAGUCCAUGUGGAUUACAACUACUUCAAAGUUGGCACUGGACAGGUAAACCUAAACCUCUGCCAGGAUUCAAUCAGAUCAGCGGUAACCCGCGUAACUCGUAGCUUUUCAUUGCUUUUGUUUAGGUCGGUGUCGAAGGUGUGACUGCGUUAUAGCUGUCAAAUCCUCAAGCGGCUCCUGGUGUUACCGAUCGCAGACAUUGCUGUUGAAUGCACCGAGUCGCAGCCGUAUUACAAGUUUGAAUACUGGAAUGUGUGAUGUAAUCUACAACUCGAUUAGGCUAAUAUAAAUCCCUUUUAUUUAAUUUAAUGAUUUCAAAAAAUGAGUAUCAUUAUUUCCAUUUAUACAUUGGGUGGGUCUAAUCCUGAAUGCUGAUUGGUUAAAACCGCAUUCCAGCCGGUGUCUUUUCCACAAAUUACACCGGCUAAAUCUAUGAUAAAAUGCCAAUUUACUCUGUUCCAUCUGACUGCCAAUCCACUGUCUAAUCAGCCCAGCCAAGCAAUUUAUAAACUUAAUCUCCACUAUAAAAAAGCAUUUAGACAUUAUCUCACAUUUCUUUUAGACUAACAUUUUAGUUUUCAACAGCAGAGAUGUGUAUGUCCCGUGUAGUAAUGAACGUGUCGGGAGGAGACAGACAGGCAGGCAGCGUUUCUCGGCCAGUCUAAAUCAUGAAUCAGCUGGCAUUUUUAUGGAUAUAUAUACAAAGAAAUGUAAAUUGAAAAAAGGUCAAACGAAACGAAGUGCAGCUAGUUUGCAGUCUUUCCAGAUUCAGUUUGAAGUGAUUGUUUUAGCUGUGUUGUUGGCUAGCUCCUCUGAACAACAGUGGCCUGACGAGUGAGCACAUUUUCUAUGCCAGGCUAAAUAAAUACAUCCAAAUAAAUGUCACUAGAAAAGAGUUUAUGCAAAUGCAGAUUUUCUGCCUGCACUUUUUGACGUGACUGUAAGUUAGCUGUAGUUGGUUAACUAGCAAGCAAGGGAUAAGAACGUUGCCAGCCAGUAUGGCAAUGGAACAUUUAGAACGAAAGACUGGGUUGUCCAUAGAUACAGAACAAAAAGACUGAACAUCUCUAGCGAACGAACGACCAGCCGGCUUGGGUAGCAACCAUGGAUUUGUGUCGGGACUAUAUCUUGUGGAAGGAUGAAAUAGUAUGAAUACAUUCAUCAAAAUAACGUUUUUAAUGAAAAUAUGUCAAUAAUUAUUUGAAUAUGUUGGUAACCCGUUGUAUAAAAGUGAUAAUGCCUCGAAGCCGGUGUUUGGAGGAUAUGGCAUUUUCACAUAAAUUGCCUACACUUUCUCGUUCUGAACGUCCAACGUGGGUGGGAUAUAAGGACGGUUGUCGUUUCGUAACAAUGACCACAACAGCAGCCGCUCACUGAUUUGACAGCUCUAACGCAGUUACACAUCCGACAAGCCUAAACAAAAGCAAUGAAAAGCUAUAUGUUUGUCAGCUAACGUGGGUUUCCGCCGAUCUGAUUGAAUCCUGACCCUUAUGUCUACAACAUCACAUUAGUGUGGAGUAAUGACGUUAGCCUACAGCCUUUCUGUAAUGUCACGCAUAAGCAUACAUUUUCAUCAGGGCAUAUAUAAAAAGCACUGUCUGGUGUUGGUGUUCUGCCCCAUAGGUGUCGGUGGUGUACCACACUCUGGACUUCGAACCAGUGAAUUUCUUUGCCCUGGGAUCUCCCAUAGGGAUGUUCCUCACAGUUCGUGGGCUGGAGAAGAUCGAGGAAAACUACCAGCUACCCACCUGCAAGGGAUUCUUCAACAUUUACCAUCCGGUUAGCCAAUCUUUCCUCCAGGUGUUCUGAAAGGAGUAUGUGAGAGGAGGUGUGCAUGCAGAUUACAUACUGUGUGUGACAGGAUUGCCACUGUCAGCUCUAAAGCACUUUGUGACAACUGUUUACGUAAAAAGGACUUUAUAAAUACAUUUGAUUGAGCUGUGACAUGGUUAAUGCCAAUGUGUUUAAAGUAGAUCAGGGUAGCAAAUACAUUCAUUGAUAUGGAAGGGUGUAAUAUUACUUUUUUCAAAAUGUUAAAAUAUCUGUUUGCUCGAACUGUUUGUUUUAGCUGGACCCAGUUGCUUACAGGAUUGAGCCCAUGAUCCUGACAGACCUGGACUUGAAACCUGUUCUGAUUCCACAUCACAAAGGGAGGAAGAGGCUGCAUCUUGGUAUGGAACUAUAGAUUCACCACUGGCUAUUUUAUCUUCAGAUUUGUGUUCUAUUUCUUACCAUCGCUAGGUUAACCCUACCAUUGUCGUCACUGUCUCUUCCCAUUUUGACUAAUCAGACCCUGGUCUCCAAAGUAGAGGAAGUGAACAGUGUUUCCCCUAUAUUUAUUUAGCAGCGGUGGGCCACCGCCGCAAACAACAUGAUUUGUUCAAUUAUAUAUAUCACUCGGCGUACAAAACAUUAAAGAACCAUUUCCUAAUAUUGAGUUGCACCCCCCCCGUUUGCCCUCAGAACAGGGUGGCGCAGUGGUCUAAGGCACUGCAUCGCAGUGCUAGCUGUGCCACUAGAGAUCCUGGUUCGAAUCCAGGCUCUGCUGUAGCCGGCCGCAACCGGGAGACCAAUGGGGCGGCGCACAAUUGGCCCAGCGUCGUCCAGGGUAGGGGAGGGAAUGGCCGGCAGGGAGGUAGCUCAGUUGGUGGAGCAUGGUGUUUGCAACGCCAGGGUUGUGGGUUCUAUUCCCAUGGGGGGGUCGAACCCACAACCCUGGCGUUGCAAACACCAUGCUCUACCAAUAUGAAAAUAAAAAAGAAUAAUGUAUGCACUAACUGUAAGUCGCUCUGGAUAAGAGCGUCUGCUAAAUGACGUAAAAUGUAAAAAAAACAAAACGCCUCAAUUCGUUGGGGAAUGGACUCUAUAAGGUGUCGAAAGCGUUCCACAGGGAUGUUGACUCCAAUGCUUCCCACAGUUGUGUCAAGUUGGCUGGAUGUCCUUUGGGUGGUGGACCAUUCUUGAUACACACGGGAAACUGUUGAGCGUGAAACACCCAGCAGCGUUGCAGUUCUUCACACAAACCGGUGCACCUUGCACCUACUACCAUACCUCGUUCAAAGGCACUUACAUAUUUUGUCUUGCCCAUUCACCAUCUGAAUGGCACACAUACACAAUCCAUGUCUCUAACCUGUCUACUCCCCUUCAUCAAUACUGAUUGCUGAUUGAAGUGGAUUUAACAAGUGACAUCAAUCAAGGAUCAUAGCUUUCACCGGGAUUCACCUGGUCAGUCUAUGCCACGGAAAUAGCAGGUGUCCUUAAUGUUUUGUACACUGUGUAUAUAUUUCUGCCGAGCGGUGCAAUUAAAUGGAUAGUCGUUGGCUCAAUGACUGGAAGUCAAUGGGAACAGCUAGCAUGUCAUUGCGCUACCGUUACCCUUGCCACCACUGCUGAAAAGAAUCCUAGUGGAAACACUGAAUUAGAGGAAGUAAAUGAAAUACGACUCAAAUCUUGGCAUAGUGAAACUUCACCAACAAGACCAGGGUUCCAAAGUGUAAUAUGUUUAAUUUAUGUCGGUGAGGGGUUUACAUCAUGGAUUGUUUUAUGUGUGGCAGAGCUGAAGGAGAGUCUGUCCCGCAUGGGUUCGGACCUGAAGCAUGGCGUCAUCAGCUCCCUGAAGAGUGCCUGGCAGACCCUCAACGACUUUGCCCGUGCUCACACCUCCAAUGCCCAGCUGGCAGCCGAGCUCGCUAUGGUGGCCAAUCAGAUCAAGGAGGAGGAGGAGAAGCAUGCACACAGUGAUGGUGAGUAUAAGAGUGAUUUAAAUAAGUAAUUCAAUAUUGCUCUUUCGGUUUAUUUGGAUAGGGCUUUAUCAACCAACAACUUUAUUUAAACGUCAAAACGUUGGUUAGUCGCAGAACACAGGAUAGUGGAGAGUCCUGAGCUGCUAAGAGAAGAGGAGCCCCAGGUGAAAAUAGGAAUGCUGAAUGGGGGGAACCGCAUCGACUACGUCCUACAGGAGAAGCCCAUCGAGAGCUUCAACGAGUACCUCUUCGCCCUGCAGAGUCACCUGUGCUAC